AAAAAUAUACGAAUUUGUAAUUGUUUGCUUUAAUUUAUAAAUUAGUUUUAAUUAAUAAAUCCAAGUAUUUGGUAGUUCGAGGUGCAAAAUAUAAAGGCAACUAUGAGUGUUGUGCGAGACGAUAGUCCAAAGUUUCGAAUAACACCCUUACAACAAAUGGCAUCGGCCUGUUCCGGCGCUCUAAUAACCUCGCUUUUCAUGACUCCACUAGACGUGGUAAAAAUAAGGUUACAGGCCCAACAGAAGACAUUACUUUCAAACAAAUGUUAUUUGUACUGUAAUGGCUUAAUGGAACAUUUAUGUCCAUGUGGUGAAGCUGGAAUAUUUCCCAAAAGAGUUCAUUUUUAUGGAACAAUGGAUGCUUUUUAUAAAAUAGCUAAAAUGGAAGGUGUUAAAUCAUUAUGGUCCGGUCUAAGUCCUACAUUAGUUCUAGCUGUACCAAGUACUGUUAUAUACUUUGUUUCAUAUGAACAAUUGAGAUACAGAACCAAAACCUAUUACAGUAAUGUUACUGGAAAAAGUGGCCAACCAAUAUGGAUACCUCUGUGUUCUGGAGCCACAGCCAGAGUACUAGCUGUUACUAUAGUAAGCCCCUUAGAAUUAAUUAGAACAAAGAUGCAAUCAAAGAAAUUGACAUACUCAGAAGUGACUGUAGCUUUACGCCAAGUACUUAAAUAUGAAGGUGUCAGAGGGUUAUUCCGAGGAUUAGAAUCAACACUUCUUAGGGAUGUACCAUUUUCUGGUAUAUAUUGGACAAUGUUUGAAUCAACUAAAUUAUUCUUUAAUAAACCUGAUUCUGAGAAAAAUUCCUUCCUAUUUAAUUUCUUCUGUGGAUCUGUUGCAGGAAGUAUAGCUGCAUUUGUGACAUUACCUUUUGAUGUUGUAAAAACACAUCAACAGAUAGAAUUAGGAGAAAAGGAAAUAUAUGCAGAAGACAAUAAGAUGAAACAAAGAGCAUCAAGUAUGAAAGACAUUGCAAGAAAUAUUUACAGAAAUCAUGGAAUUAGAGGCUUGUUUACUGGGCUCCUGCCUCGAAUAUUUAAAGUAGCUCCAGCCUGUGCAAUAAUGAUAUCAACAUUUGAAUAUGGAAAACAAUUCUUCCAACAAUAUAAUACACAAAAAUAUAAGGAGAAAAUGCAAAGAAUGGGAAUUGAUGUAAAAAUAAUCAAAACAGACUAAGUACAUACUAGUCAUUUGACUGUUUUUUGUUUGCUUGUUAAAUAGGCACCAAGAAAUCAUCCUUCUUAAAGAAGUAGCAAGUAAGAAAGAUUUCUCAUCCUACUAAAAGCUUCCAAUGAAAAUUAGUGUUAUUUAAUAUUUAAUAGAAUAAUUGUGUUGGU